GGGGGCGGCGCGCGCAUGGCCAAGUUCGUGGUGGCGGGUAAGGCAAACUGCCCUUACUAUGCCAAAGCUGAACACUUGGCUGACUGUCUCCAGGCUACCUUGCCCAACUUCAGGGUUCACAAGAUCACUCAGCACCCCGACAAGUGGGAGCAGUGGCUUCAUGACGUUUGUGAAACAAAUGGAUGGGAACACAGACAGUCUCCUAUCAUUUGGAGAGAACUGUUGGACCGUGGAGGGAAAGGUCAGCUUCUGGGAGGACUUAAUGAUUUUCUGGAAUAUGCUCAGCAAUAUUAUGGCAUCACUUCAAUGAUGUUGAGUAAAGAAAUGUUAGACAUUGCUGAGGAGAACCUACAGGCUCAUCUUGAAAUUGUAAAAGAGGAUGAAAAGAUUAAAAGUCUUAUCAAGCCCAUGCAGAUCUGGAUCACCAGUGCAUCAACUCCAAUCUGUUAUCAACUGAUCCCUCUGUUGGCAAAUGGAGAAGUGUUUGGGAUGACCACAGAAAUCAGUAUCCAUUUGCUUGACACUGGCCAGUUUAAGGAAGUUCUUUGCAGUAUUGUAAUGGAAGCUGAAGACAUGGCAUUCCCACUUCUCCGCAGUAUUUUGGAGCACACUGAAAUAGAUGAGGCUUUUAUUGAAGCUGAUGUUAUUAUUGUUCUUGAUGAUGUCCUCUUAAACCUUGAAGUCCAGUCCCUUGAGAACUACAUCAGAGAAGCGACGCUGAUUAUGACGUACGGCCCGUCCAUUAAGCCUGAGAAUAUCAUUGCCGUUGCGACAUCCUGGGAAAGUGCAGCUAAAGCCACGCUGGCCAGGAAGUUGAAUGUGAGCACAGCAGGAGUUAAAGAUGUGAUUGUUUGGGGCAAUAUUACUGGCUCAAACUACAUUGAUUUGUUGCAUGCAAAACUUUAUGGAUAUGAUGGUGCUAUUUGGGGCCCAGCUAAUUUUCAACGUCCUUUGUUGAAUAUGAUUUAUGAUAGGGAAUGGAUCCAUUCAGAAUUUUUAUCUGCACAGGGUUCACUGCGUUCCCGAGUUGGUCGUUGCACAGGAAUGUUACCUGCUCACGCGGUAGCCACUGCACUGCAGUACUGGUAUCACGGCUCUCCUCCUGGGGAGAUUGUUUCUGUGGGAGUACUUAGUGAAGGUCAGUUUUGCGUUCCUGAAGGAAUUAUCUUCUCUAUGCCAGUGAGCUUCCAGAAUGGUAGCUGGGAAGUCAUAAAAGAAUUAGAAAUUGAUGGAACGACACAAGAAGUUCUGGGACGCUUAGCCCACGAGCUAAUUCAGGAAAAGCUCGUUGCACUAAAGGAAAUAAAAGAAAUACAUCCAUAUGGAGAAGGCUAAAACCCCCACAUCUUUUCCCAAGUUUUUCUGUGCUGCUUUUCCUACGUAAUUUCAUUUUCAAGUUGUCUGUCCUCAUGCAUCAAAAUAAGAGCAAAUGAAUUUAAAAGUGUGUUUUAGUUCUGUUUUUUUCACUUUUCCCCUAUUCCCAGGUUCUGAAAUCCCUGCACUUUUCCAAUGUUAUAGCAAUUUCUUUCUACUUUUAAGUCAUACAGACGUUUUUUCUAGUUAGUUUUCUUUCUCCCUUCCUUCAAAUUCUUUCCAGUACUUUUAUAUCAGCACUUACCAUACUAUGAGCUGCCCAGAGCCUGUAGCAAGCACAUAAGCCUUUUGGUUAUCCAUGCUUUUUUCUUGGGAAAGAACUACAGACACAAUAAAAUAUUCUUGAUAA